AUGCUUCGGGCUUCCGGAAUACAAUGGGAUCUACGUGAAGUUGAUAAUUAUGAGUGUUACGAGGAAUUGGAUUGGGAAGUUCAAUGGCAAAAAGAAGGAGAUUCAUUAGCUCGUUAUUUAGUUCGAAUUGGUGAAAUGGUGGAAUCCAUAAAAAUAAUUCAACAGGCUUUGGAAGGAAUUCCAGGGGGGCCUUAUGAAAAUUUGAAAUCCGCUGCUUUGAUAGAGAAAAGGAGCCAGAAUGGAAUGAUUUUGAAUAUCGAUUCAUUGGUAAAAAUCGUCUCCUACUUUUGA